AUGGAGAACAUGAUAUUGGAUGAAGAAACAGGAGUAUUUCGGUCGGAAGUUGUUCAAAAUCAUGAUAAUUGCGUUCGACAAAAUGUUGAUGAGAAAGGAUCACGUUGUCCUACCAGGAAACGAGUCAGGAGAACUAAAGAUUGGCAAAGAAAUAUCAGACAAAAACUGCACCAAUCAGGCGAAGCAUAUACAUCAAGUCGUGGAAAAGAAGUGCCAAAAAAAUCAUUAAAAAUAAAAAGGACUGUUUUGCCGCUUGCAAGUGAUUCUAUUCUCGACCAAGACAAUCCCGAUCUAGACAAUCUCGAUCAAGACAAUCUCGAUCAAGACAAUUUCAAUCAAGACGAUCAAGCCAGCCCAAGCAACGUCUCGGAGAAGACAGAAAGCACCAAAUCACAGAAAGAGAGUUCAGUACCACGCAAAAAAAAAACAACACAUUCAAUCAAAAUAUGUUAG